UAGCAGUGGAUCAGUGGACGAUGCGACUUUCGCUUACUACUUGUCUGACAUCACAAACACCUUCCUGCGUUUCGGAGGUGACCGCUAUCUGAAUACUAUCAACAAUCUUAAAAAAGUUGAUUUUUUGGAUGAGGAUCUUUGGGAAGAUUACCGAAAGCAAUUGAGAAACUGGAUGGGGGAUGAUGCCUCAGCCGAACACAAAUUAGGAGAAGGUAAAACAGUAAAAAAGGCCAGGAAUGAAGGGGACAUGGAGGGUUCAAUUGACAUUUCUGAGCAGAUUUCGGGAAGGGGAGGUCUGUGUAAUAUUUUAGUCCAUACUGAGUCAUUAAGUUACUCUGGUGUGUCAACAGUGUUUGACAAUUUCAGUUAUGGCUCAGUAAAGGCAAAGUAUGCUCCAGAGACCUUAAGAAUUUUUUUCCUUGCCAUUUAAAAAUUGUUCACCAGGGACCGUGCAGCAAGUUUUCGAGUGGGAGGGCUAAAGAAGAAUGCGUGAAGGAAAAUUUUUUUGUUAAGUUAUUUUUUGUUUAAUUUAUUUUUAUUCUUGCAAAAAAGUGGGGGGCGGGCUAAAGCCCCCCCCCAGCCCCUCCCUCUGCGCGGUCCCUGUUCAUCUGAGAAUCAAAACAGCAACCUGAUGUUUUGUAAAACUGCCUGCAAAUUUGCCUAAACUGGCAACUGGAAAUCUCACCAUUUAGAUUCUUACUUCUUAACAUAGCUGUUCAUAUGUACCUGAGGUUUAACAGAGUCUUGCCUCCCUUUUAUUUUUUAACCGAUCAGUUUCCACAAUGAGGAGCUACACACAAAAAAUGUAUUCUCUACUAAAAUGAUAUUUUUGAGGUUUGGUAAGCAACCUCAGCAGUCAAAUUCUCAACAAAUUUAAAGAAACAUUUUGAAUGGUUUUGUUACUCAUUGGAAUCUUAAACAAUUGUUAGAGGUAAAUCUUUUUACUUGAUUUUAAUAAGUGGAGGUGAAAAUCAUACUAUGGUUCCUGAAGUCCACUUCUUUGUUAAAGUGAAGGAACUUUCUCAAUUUUGUCACAAUAAAGUUAUUUGUCAGACUAGUGUUGUUGCCGAAAACAGUUUUCGUACUGUAUUGUCCUAAAGGAAAAAAUCCUUCAUAAGCAACGUUAUGUGUAUGUGCACAGGUGGUUAGUAUGUAGUACUUUAUUCUGUCUUUUAAAAUCACAUUUUUCCUUUACAGAGCCAGAACAUUGGAAGCAUGUACAUAAUGGAGCAGCAGAGACUGUGGAGAUCAGCUCACCAGAGCUCAGUAUUGACAUUCCGAACAUUUGUGAGCUUCCUUUAACCUCUCUUAAUUGGGAAGAUGUAAAGCUCCCUGUUGAUAUUGUGUUAUUCACAGUGGAAGAUGACGAGUUUUUAUCCUGUUUUGCCCACCUGAAGAAGCCCGAGAGGAGUUACCACAUCACUGUUGGUUUUGUAUACUUUGGUUUCAUGGAGGAUGAUUGGGGACACAAAAUUGAAACUGCUUUGAUGCGAUGCUCCAAAGGUCAUGAUGGUCCUGGAGGAGCUUUGUCUGCCGCAAAAGAUGCCAUCUUGCUUUUGAGGCCCAAGGCUCUAAUUUCUGUAGGUGCAUGCCGUGGGUUAAACAGCAAAAAGGUAAAGUUGGGAGAUAUAGUUGUGUCAUCAAAACUGAUAACACCUGCAUUCCAAAUUCCACCAGGAAGAAAUAUGAAUAAAGUUAUCAGAAAUAUAGCAGAUGGAUGGAAACCACCUUUGAAAAAUGCAAAUGGAUAUAAACCCAAGGUCCACUUGGGAGCGCUUCUUAGUAUCUCAGAGGCAAACAAAGACAUAAUUAGCCGAUAUCCUGAAGCAAUUGGAGUUGAAGAGGAAGCUGGAGGUGAGAAUCAUAAUAAUUAUAAAGAUGAGCCAGGGACUUUUCAGCAGUGUAUCAAAUUCCCCUUCCUUUUUGAACAUGUAGCCUGUGGGAAGUAAUUUCAAAAAGACCGUUCUGGAAUUGUCUUUGCUGGUCCAAGAAAUGACAUACGCUGUAUCAUAUAGAACAAAGACUCUGCAGGAAUAUAUAAUUAGUAUCAUUAGUGAUUUUGUGUCUUGCUUCAAGACCUUUUUGCUGUUCAGGGUGACUGAAAUUACAUCUUUCGCACAUAAUUAGUUUAAGUGGCAGAAAAAAAACAAAGAAGAGGGAAAAUCCUUAUGUCCUCAGCAAUUUAAACUUAUUGUUAGAAUUUUGCAAGUUCUAUCAGGUAGUUGUGCAUUGUCCACAAAAUUGUCAUCUGAAAGAUGUCGGGAGUAUCGUGUUAAAUAGGUUGAAGCUAGAGGAAUAGAAUUGCAGUCCCUGAUAAGUCUUUAUCAAGAGUUUGUCCAGUAAAAAUGAAGUUUUACUUUAUAGUCUCCAUACAAGGUUUUUUAAAUAAUCAGGUUCACAAACAAGCUUGGGUAUGACUUUCUCUGAAGUUCGUGUUUACAUAUGUUAAGGGUGCUGAUCUUAGUAAACUUUAAAUUUCAAAAUAGUGAUUUUAAUUAUAGAAACUAUAACCAAACAUAAACAAAUAUUCGUCUUUUUUUCCAGGAUUUUGGACUGCGGCCCAUGAUUUUAACAUAGAAUUGCUGAUAGUAAAGGGCAUUAAAGGCUUUGAAAAUAGUAGCCAUUCUUCCAGUGUGAAUUGGGAGAAAAUUGCUUGUGUGAUGGCAGCAUCUGUUGUGGCCAACAUAUUGAGUCAAGCAACCAUAUUCCAAGAUUGGCCUCACUUUAAUGCAGGUAUUACAUCUUGUGUCAGUCUUUCUUUUCUUUUUACAGAGAAAGAUCUAAUUUUUUAUCUUCCCGCGGUAUAUUCUUGUAUAUAUUGCAAAUGAAGAUGACUUAUUCAUAUUUGUGACAGUUCACAUAUGGGAAAUCUUAAUCUUCUCUCCUAAUUUUGGGUUCCCUUAAGUUUAAAAAGGCCUAUUUCGGUGUUUGGGUAGAAACUUAGGCUUACAUAAAGGGGUGUAAUGAUAAAUAACAGCUCAUUCCAUGAUGCAGGAAAAACCUAUAUUCCAUAGUUAGCUUAGUUCAUGUAGCACAACCGUAAGGUUAAAAAAUCAGAGGCUAAUGACAUCUGGAAAUGUGAUUAAAGUGGUUUAAUUUACAUGUGAAUCUAUAUAUAUAUAUAUAUUUGUGGGAGGAAAAAGACAAAUAAACUACAAGUUCAUCCCUACAGACCUGUUUCGUGGUUGCACACUCAUCAGAGGAUUUCCCUGAUGAGUGGAAUGAAUCCAGUGGAAUGAAUGAUGAAUCCCGUGAUGAGUGGGCAACCACGAAACAGGUUUAAAGGGAUGAACUUGUAGUUCAUUUGUCUUUUUCCUCCCACAAUAUAUACAUCGCUCUAUUUCUAUGUAUUGAGCACUGUUUUAUGAAAGUCAAAAUUUUACACUUUAUAUAUAUAUAUAUGUGUAUAUAUAUAUAUAUAUAUAUAUAUAUAUAUAUAAAUGUGAGGGUAAAGUCUACCUUGGCAUAAAGUGCUCAAUGCUGUGGUAUCAGAGCUAAGUAUACAUAAGUUAAAGAAGAGGACGCAUCGAUUCUCUGUAACUCUGAGUUUCGCGCAUAAGCACGAUUUUCGCGUUCUGCGCAAUAAAAAGCGCUGCUACAGCGCAUGUCUUAAGCGCGUUUUUUUUUUUUUUUUUAUUGUUACUCAACGCAGUCAGCUUCCUUUGUUCUGCAUUGUUUCGGAAAAAAAGGUUUUAUGUCUCAAAGUGCCGCCCCGAAGCAUCAAAUCAACAUUCGAUUAUCUUAACAUCUAAGGGACGCAAUGGCUACUGUUUCAAUGAAACGUUGAAAUGACCAGUCAUGAUUCCAACUAGAAUUUCGUAAAAUAAGGUUUUGAAAGUUCCUAAGAUGUGAAUAAUUGACUUGAUUCCAGCCUGAGACCGUGACAACUUUGUCUUAAGAAUUUGAAAUCACCAUGAAAGAUGCGACUUGAUCAAGAAGCUGGCUGUAUCGACUUUCGCCCGCGCGUCUUGUUCACUUUUAUUAAAAGCUGAAAGAUUUCUCAGUGCUUGUUUAAAUAAUUUAAUUGUUUCCUUCGGCGAGAUUUUUUUAUCGUGGAGAACUUUAAUGCGCAAAUCAACUCAGUUUUCGAAUGCGUGACUUGUAAUCGAAGACCUUAUCUCCAGAUCACUGUUUACUCUUCGAUUUUUGGUUCUUUAACCAAAAUAAGUUGAAGCAAACAAACGCUAAAACUGAGUGUUUUACAAAAUAUUUAUGUAAGUUAAAGCUAUCAAGGUAAAAAAAAAAAUAAUAUAGAUUUGUCUAUACAUUUCGCUGAUCAAGCUUACGCGAAUCCAGAUAAGAGUCCGUGGCCUUUCGACAAUCACGCCGAAGUAGUUCGUGUUAGAAAAUACUGGCAGGCAAGCUCUCUAAUCUAUCUAUUUUUUUCGAGAUCCAACGGCUUCUUGUCUGCUACUACACGGACGUUGCAUAUACCGCACUAGAAGAGCGGCAAAGUCCUUCGCCGACGUUACUGUAAACCGGAAUGCUCGGAUUUCAUAAGCGCCAAACGGAUCCACUUUGACCGGUGUUACACAGUGAAACUGAAUACAAAUGUGACGUGCGAAAUUUCGCGAAUUACUGCUUUCAUAGGAGCUGUUUUGCUUCGUUCGUACUUUUUAUUUACGGUUAAUGUUAUGUGAUGAUGAUCGUCAUGACAAUUUCAAUAGACGCUCGUUCUUGUUUGCUUUUGUGAAUAGAUAAGAGUUGAUAAUUGAUAGUUGAUAAUGAAGUUGGAGUUGAUAAUGAAUCGCUCAACAUUGCAGAUAAUAGAAAAACGGUAUCGCUUUCGCUUACAUUCCCACUUAAGAUUCAAGUAAAUAGAACGAAUCAGAUCGUUCGAACAGUAGCGGCGGUCUUGUCUACUUGUAAACAAAUAUGGUUUUAAGCUUGACGUUACCUGCAAACGGCGGUCUUGCCUACUUGUAAACAAAUAUGGUUUUAAGCUUGACGUUACCCGCUAGCGGCGGUCUUGCCUACUUGUAAACAAAUAUGGUUUUAAGCUUGACGUGACCCCUAAACGGCAGAAUGGAAUAAUUUCUUCCGUUAUCCUAUGAACCUGAAAUCAUCCUGGUAAAACAGUAGGAAAAUGUCAUCUGUUCCAGUAAAUUGGAAAUAAUUUCACGCAACUUUAAAGACGAAUGAAUGCAAACGAUUUCUUAUUCCAUGAUAAAAGAGAAGGGAAUGCUGUCGGUUUCAAUGGCUACCCCGUUCCACUCAUUAAGGUCCUCUAUUCAAUUUUCUUGAAAUGCUCUAAACAAACAUCAGCGAGUUUCUUACUCUAUACAAAAUAUUAAAAAUUAAAGGCAACUAGGGUGCAUAUAGGCCUAAAGUUCACUUUUGUAAAGUUGACUAUCACGUAGCAAGGUCAUGAAAUAUCAAGCAAGAGAUCACAGCCACAAGAAUUCAGCGGUUAGUCUCCUAAAAAUCGAUUACAAACUAACAAAGAAUGAUGCAUUCUCUAAAUGAAGGAUUAGAAUGAUCAAAACCAACUUCAAAAUUUGGUUUCGAUCUCUUCUUAUUUUAACGAUCCACUCUGCUCUCGUGUUUGCCUCUGAAGGAAGGGCAUGAAAGGAUAGAUAUUUGUUUUACCUCAAAUCAUUUGAACAUGAUGGAACACAACAGUGUGAUGCAGCCAUUUUGGAUGUUUGCGUGGUUAGCCUCACUUUAAAGCAAAGAUGGCGGAGGAGUGAGAACAGGGCGUGAAAUUAACUUUUUUUUCUGAUAGCCACUUGGCCCCUGAAUUCUUCAAAGUGGUAGCCAAUUCAAAAAAAGUUGGUCGCCAUUUUCAAAGACAAACAAAAUCUUUCUUUACGCUGUCAGCGUUCUAGAUAGACCCUCCAAAAUUAAGUCAGGGAAAAGAUCUUUGACGUGCUACAAAGUGGACACUAGGAUGUAUGAUAUACAACCUUCAGGCUCAUCUAAAUCCAAGAUGGCGUCUAGUUAUCGAUCGAGAUACAAGUGCUACGUUUUGGAAACAAACUAAACGAGGAAGUUUGCCGCGGAUUUAUCUUUGCAAAUUUAUUUAAUUCACUAUAUCUCUUGGUAAGGUUAUGAUGAAACGUUGUAAUCGCCAAUUUGGCGACUAACUUUCAGGAUUUGGUCGCCAAAGUGAAAAAUUUAGUCGCAUUGGUGCCUGUAUUAGGCGCAAUUUCACGCCCUGGAGAAGAGAGAAUUCAUAACAGCUUUUCCUUUGGGCCCAGGCAGUGUGCACACUCUGGUUGCGUUGCAGCGUGGUCACCUGCUCUGGGCCUGCGCUUUGCCUUUUCACCGACUGUUCUGCCCGACGAUCCCUUUUUCUUUUUUUGCUUUUUUUACGAGGAACGCCGUGGGCAUUUUGGAUGAAAUGUUGGUGGAAACUGCUUGAAAUGUCUUAAUCCUUCUGGAAGGUUUCUUUUCAAGGUCUUUGGUACUAAACGCCGCGAGCAUGUCUGCUCUUCCCUGCUUUUUGCGUAGUCUGAUCGGAUGGAAAACGAAAAUAAGAGAGCUCUGACCUGUUAUGGCUCCCAUUAUUACCUGAUGAAAUUUCUGAAUGUGUCACCCUCUUAUUUUCUGCCGACAUUACUGAAAAUUUUUUAACCUCUCAAGUACUAUUCCCCCAAACCUCGCUUUGGCGUUAAAAUUUGGUAACAAUCUCCUACACCUCAAGCGAUACUAAAGCAUAUAGGUUAUUUGCCUCUGGGUGAUUUUUAUUUUCCCUAAAUAUUUUAUGUGAAGCUUAUUAGUUAACAUCUCCCAAACUCGAUAUUUGAAUAUUUCAGAAUCUACACGUGACUUUGCAGCGGAUAUUUGUCUUAAUGCAUCUCUAUAUUACAAUGGUAUAUACCACACAACUGAAAAGCGCUUUUUGCCCUCACUGAUAAGCUAGUUCGGAAGUGAAUUGCAAGUCCUAUUCACCACCGAGCUGCCAAUGAGACAAAAUCGCGCAUUCAACCAUCUUCCGGUAUAUCGAAAGAAUUAAACUUAUUAGUUUGGUAUCUCUGUCGUACAUACUAAAACAGUUAUUCUCCUCUACUUUGGUUUAGCCAUGUUAAUUAUAAAGUCCUCGGUAAAUCGAAAUGUGGAAAAUGCUUCACAGUGUGUACUUUAAAACGAAAAAGGUACGCUUCACAGCCGUUAAUGAUGCAUAUGAUAGAUUCUAUUUUGGGUUUCUCCCAUCAAUCAAAGUAAGACCAAGAGUUCAAGGUCUGUAUUCUCUUAAAAACGUGUGUGUUAAUUUUCUUAUUCUCAAAGCAGCGUUAAAUAAGAAUCUGUAAUAGCUAAACCAUUUGCCCUUGUGUUCAUGUCAUUUAUCAAUAAUUUUCCUUUUUUUUUUUUUUUCCAGCCACAAGUCCCUGCUCUGCAGCCUCAACAGCAUGUACCGCUAAAUCCUAGUGUACUUUUCAUCUUUUUGCUUGAAUAAAAUGCCCGGUUUACGUGUGUACAAAAAUUAUAUCAUAUAUCAUCAUCAUCAUCAUCUAAGCUUUAUCCUUAAUUUUCUUUCUUGGUCCACCAAUAAAGCAGCGCGUCCAGAUUGCAAAGAGUUAUUAGUUGGGCUUCCAGUGGGAAAGCGCAAGUUUUAGAUUCGGCCAUAGUGUUCUUCUAUCUCCCUGAAAAGCAUUUUGAACAUUUCUGCGUAGGCUCCUAC